AUGACCAAGGAACAGAAAAUGAGCAAACCAGUUCACGAGAAAGCCGUGAUAAUAGGGAUAUCCGGGCCCUCGAGCAGCGGCAAGACAACCCUCGCGCGAUUACUGCAGCGUGUGUUCUGCGGGGUGAAUCUCAAGCCGGAGGACUCACGUCUAAACACGUUCAUAAUCCACGAAGAUGAUUUCUAUUUCCCAGACGAUAAAAUCCCCUACACAACAACCGCCUCGGGCGAAAAGAUCCAAGACUGGGACACAGCCUCUGCAAUCGACAUCCCCUUCCUCUCGCAAGCACUGCACUACGUACGCGAAAACGGGACACUCCCACCGCGGCUACGGAGCAAGGAAGACCAAAACGGCCAGACCGACUCCGGGGUAUCAGACGAGAUCGUGCAGGAGUUGAGGGAUACCGUUAGUUCUCGGUUGAGGGAUGGAGCAGCAGGGAAAGACACUGGGAGCCCGACUAUUGCGUUCCUCGAGGGAUUUUUGCUAUUUGCGCCACCCGAGAAAGAACAACACGUCCUCCGUUCCGUUCAUGACGCUAUACAUCUCCCUCUCUUUCUGCCUGCGGCGUAUGAACUUGUUAAGGCGAGACGCGAGGGGAGGAGUGGGUAUGUGACUGUUGGGCCGGCGCCGGAACCGCCCGUGCAGACAUCCGCGGAUGGGGGAGAUGUAGAUAGGGAUGGAAAGACGGGGACGGAUAUCGAUCUUGAGGCUGAGGAUGAUCGGCCACCGCAGAAUUUCUGGGUCGAUCCGCCUGGGUAUGUGGAUGAUGUUGUUUGGCCGCGGUAUGUGACGGAUCAUGCUUGGUUGUUGAUUGCCGAGGAUGGGGGUGAAGAUAUGAAGGGUGGGAGUCAGGAUCUGGUGGAGGCUGAUCUUGUUCGGAGGAUUGGGGAUGGGACUAGGGCUAGGACUGAUGUUGGGGUUGAGGUUGCACCGGGUGGUGGGAGUGCAGGAAUGGAUGUUGUUUUGAGGUGGGCUGUUGAGUUGAUUUUGGGAUAUUAUUUGCAUCGGACGUAG